AGAACUCCUGUGAAUGAGAAAGUGCGGUUCUUACGUGAUGGUAUCCGUACUGUAUGUAGUUGCAGAUUCAGAAUGCCGAAGUACGCAGGGGAAUAAUAUUUCUUGAACCGCGGAAUAUUACGAUCAAAGGGCAUUCGGUCUCGGAUCGAGAGGUAAACCAAGAAGCGGAAUUCGCGCAUGGAUUAAGACGAAGACUCGGGUGAGUAAGUUAUUGGAUGCCUGACUUACUUCUUACAUUGUCGACAUGCCCAGACUACCAGAACUUGAUGUAGAUCCAGCAGUACAGGCUGUUCUCCUAGCACCACCAGUACCGAACACGGGGAAUGUCAGAUCGCCUUUGCGCGAAAUUUCCCCUCCCCCGUCUCCCACUCUCGUUGGUAGUGCACACCCUCACUCCGAUGACGAAGAUCAGCCUCGAAGACGACGUAUUCCAAAUGCUUCAGCUUCCACCGCUAAUCGUGGCAAUACCCUUCCACACAAUGAUGUUAUUUCGUCGGCUUUGUUCAAAGAAACCGUUCCAAAUCGAGCUUCAAGCUCUAUCAAUGCCGUUCGUCAAGCUCUGCCAUUAUCCCCUGCUGUACGCGGACCAAUUGUAAUCGACAGUGACGAUGAAGACGAAAACACAACAUGGGAGAGCAGGAACAGGCCUAUGAGACCCAUACCUGCGCGCGCGCGAUCUAGCACCUCUUCUGCGAAACCACCAUCACCUUCAGCAGGAAAGGGCAAAGAGAAAGCAACAGAAAGUGACUACGAUGAUGACAUGUUCGAGGAGCUGCCUUCUUCUUUUUACGACGAAAUUGAUAAGGUGGAACUUGCAGUUGGCAUGAAAUCCUUAUCAACUGCUUCAGUGGUAUCUACGAGCACGGGCAGAGGCUCUACGACGGAUCACUCGGCGUCGUUCUCGGUUGUGCAUUCAGAAGUAAUCACUGUCGAAGAUGACGACGAGGAUGAUAAAGAGAACGUUCCGGCCCCCACGCGACAUGUACGACAACGCAGAGGCGUUCCACCGAUUAUGGUCGCAACGGACGAUAUAUUGGAACUUUCUGAUUCGGAUUAGCUGGGUUCUUGUACCGCUAUGGACGCAUGCCCCGUGUAUGACUAUAAUGCCUCUAACAUCGUACUCUAGAAUAUUUAGGGAUACU